CGGAUUUUCUGAAAAAGGGUUCGGAGCUGCAAACCAUAGCUAAAUCAGUUAAAAUAAAUCUACAAAUGAAUAUAUACUGUAAUUAGUUAGGUUGGCAAACGAACCACUGUCAAACAUUUAAAUAGUAUUUGUUUGUUUUGAAUUAUUUUUUACUUUCUCCGGUUGCUGUUUAACGACCGUAUUGGUAACUUUAAAAAGGUAAGAGCGCUAUGCUAGGCUAAUCAACUUGGCUCGCUAGCAUUAGCUAACUAUUAAAUCAACAAAAUGCACCGAAUUGGCUGAUUGCCAGCUGUAUAAAAAUAGUUUAAAAUAACACAUAUUUCGCAGAAUCUGCUGCAUGUGUUGUUUUUGGUUCUGAUAUGUAAUUGGCUAGCAAGCUAUCGGGUAAGAUCUCAGACCGGGUAGGUAACUUUGGCUGGAACGGUCUAGCAGCUAGCAAUGCUAACUAGCCUGCAUGCCAGCAAGUUGUUAUUACAUUUCGAUGACUACCGUUUGCUCUCUUUGAGUUUUAAAGAAGAAGCGUUACGUAGCUUUAUUGGCUGUUGACACUAUGCAAUCAAUCAAUUGGCUAAAUGUUUGGAUUCAAAUACCAGGCUUGAUCUUCCUCUCAUCUCAUUGUAUCUUAUCUCCUGGACCGAAGGCUGGUUCAAAGAUUAAGAAAUGGCAGCAACUUUCCUCCACUACACACAAGGAGUUUUGAACUGAUGAGAACAACCCUGCACUGUAAAAAAAAAAAAAAAAAAGCUAUUUUUACAGUAACAUACUGGCAGCCAGUUACCUGAAAGUUACUGUAAACAUAUAGUACAGUAUGUUACCCUAAAUUCCAAAUAAACUUUGGGUUAACAGUACAGUAAAUUCCAAAGAAACUUUGGUUUAACAGUACAGUACUGUUAAACCAACGUUUCUUUGGAAUUUACGGUAACAUACUGUACUUUUAAACUAACUUACAGUUAACUGGCUACCAGUAAGUUACCGUAGAAACAACAGCAUUUUUUUUGCAGUGUGUGCAAGGAGCUCAAGAACAGUCUACAGAAAACAUGCAGACGAGGUGGUAGGGAAAUGAUCAGCAAAUUGUACUGUGAGCAGUACAACAUGGACACUGGCGUUGGACAAUAAAGAUCACUUGCCAGUUCUGCAGGCUGACCCUCAGGCAAUUCCACUGCUACGCUGACGAUAACCAGGUUUACAUUAACACCAAACCGGAGACCAUCUCUGCCCAAGCAAAACUCAGCAGCUGCCUAGAGGACAGCAGGGCAUGGAUGAAAGAUAACUUUCUCCAGUUGAACAGUAGCAAGACUGAGGCUUUGCUUAUUCUGACACCCAAACAGUUUACCAGUGCUGCAAACAUCUGCCCUACAAUCACCGGCCAGGCCAUCCACAUGUCCUCUGUCAUCUCCAACCUAGGAGUCAAUUUUGAUCCUUCUCUGGCCUUCGAUGCCCACAAAACAAAUAUGUAAAACACAAUUUUUCCAUCUUACACUGAACAAAAAUAUAAACGCAACGCGCAACAAUUUCAAGACUCUGGUGAGGACAAAGAGCACGCAGAUUAAUUUCCCUGAGUCGGUUUCUGACAGUUUGUGCAGAAAUUCUUUGGUUGUGCAAACCCACAUUUUCAUCAGCUAUCCGGUGGCUGGUCGCCGAUGAUCCUGCAAGUGAAGAAGCCAGGUGUGGAGGUCCUGGGCCGGCGUGGUUACACGUGGUCUGUGGUUGUGAGGCCGGUUGGACGUACUGCCAAAUUUUCUAAAACGACGAUGGUAGAGAAAUGAACAUUCAAUUAUCCGGCAACAGCUCUGGCAGACAUUCCUGCAGUCAGCAUGCCACAAUCUGUGGCAUUGUGUUUUGUGACAAAUCUGCACAUUUUAGAGUGGCCUUUUUAUUGUCCCCAGGACAAGGUGCACCUGUGUAAUGAUCAUGCUGUUUAAUCAGCUUCUUGAUAUGCCACACCUGUCAGGUGGAUGGAUUAUCUUGGCAAAGGAGAAAUGCUCACUAACAGGGAUUAAACAAAUGUAUGCACAACAUUUGAGAGAAAAAACUGUGCGUAUGGACAUUUUUCGGGAUCUUUUAUUUCAGCUCAUGAAACAUGGGACCAACAUGUUGCGUUUAUAUUUUUGUUCAGUGUAAAUACAUUGCCUGGGUCAUACCCUCACUCUCCCAGCCAGAUGCAGAUAAACUCAUCCAUGCCUUCAUCUUCUCUCAGAUCGACUACGACAAUGCGUUGUUUGGGGGCCUCCCAGCUAAAUCGCUACAGAGGCUCCAACUAAUCCAGAACAGUGCUGCCAGGUUUCCUGACCAGGACCAAGAAGUCAGACCCCAUCACCCGAUCCUAGCCCAACUCCACUGGCUACCAGUCAACUACAGGAUUGACUUCAAAAUUCUCAUACUUCGAUUUAAAGCCUUGAAUGGAUUGAGGCGCACCUACAUCAGUGACCUCAUCUCAAUCAGCGAGCCACCUCACACUCUCCGCUUCAGCAACUCCCUGCUGCAUCAAGUCUCCAAGACACGUCUUUGAACUAUGGGGGACCGAGCCUUCUGCUCCCUUGCCCUUCGCCUAUGGAAUGCUCUCCCUGACCAUCUGUGAACCGCUCCGUCACACCAAACUUUUAAAACGGGCCUUAAAACCGACUUCUACAGACUUGCAUAGUCCUAGUCCCAUUAUACAAUUUAUUUAGCACCUAGCCCACUAUUGCUAUUUUACCUCCAUUUAUUUUAAAUGUAAACUCAGCAAAAAAAGAAACGUCCUUUCACUGUCAACUGCGUUUAUUUUCAGCAAACUUAACAUGUGUAAAUAUUUGUAAGAACAUAACAAGAUUCAACAACUGAGACAUAAACUGAACAAGUUCAACAGACAUGUGACUAACAUAAAUGGAAUAAUGUGUCCCUGAACAAAGGGGGGGUCAAAAUCAAAAGUAACAGUCAGUAUCUGGUGUGGCCACCAGCUGCAUUAAGUACUGCAGUGCAUCUCCUCCUCAUGGACUGCACCAGAUUUGCCAGUUCUUGCUGUGAGAUGUUACCCCACUCUUCCACCAAGGCACCUGCAAGUUCCCUGACAUUUCUUGGGGAAUGGCCCUAGCCCUCACCCUCCGAUCCAACAGGUCCCAGAUGUGCUCAAUGGGAUUGAGAUCCGGGCUCUUCGCUGGCCAUGGCAGAACACUGACAUUCCUGUCUUGCAGGAAAUCACGCACAGAACAAGCAGUAUGGCUGGUGGCAUUGUCAUGCUGGAGGGUCAUGUCAGGAUGAGCCUGCAGGAAGGGUACCACAUGAGGGAGGAUGUCUUCCCUGUAACACACAGCGUUGAGAUUGCCUGCAAUGACAACAAGCUCAGUCCGAUGAUGCUGUGACACACUGCCCCAGACCAUGACGGACCCUCCACCUCCAAAUCGAUCCCGCUCCAGAGUACAGGCCUCGGUGUAACGCUCAUUCCUUCGACGAUAAACGCGAAUCCGACCAUCACCUCUGGUGAGACAAAACCGCGACUCGUCAGUGAAGAGCACUUUUUGCCAGUCCUGUCUUGUCCAGCGACGGUGGGUUUGUGCCCAUAGGCGAUGUUGUUACCGGUGAUGUCUGGUGAGGACCUGCCUAACAACAGGCCUACAAGCCCUCAAUCCAGCCUGUCUCAGCCUAUUGCGGACAGUCUGAGCACUGAUGGAGGGAUUGUGCGUUCCUGGUGUAACUCGGGCAGUUGUUGUUGCCAUCCUGUACCUGUCCCGCAGGUGUGAUGUUCGGAUGUACCGAUCCUGUGCAGGUGUUGUUACGCGUGGUCUGCCACUGCGAGGACGAUCAGCUGUCCGUCCUGUCUCCCUGUAGCGCUGUCUUAGGCGUCCCACAGUACGGACAUUGCAAUUUAUUGGCCUAAGGCACGUACACGCAGAUGAGCAGGGACCCUGGGCAUCUUUCUUUUGGUCUUUUUCAGAGUCUGUAGAAAGGCCUCUUUAGUGUCCUAAGUUUUCAUAACUGUGACCUUAAUUGCCUACCGUCUGUAAGCUGUUAGUGUCUUAACGACCGUUCCACAGGUGCAUGUUCAUUAAUUGUGUAUGGUUCAUUGUACAAGCAUGGGAAACAGUGUUUAAACCCUUUACAAUGAAGAUCUGUGAAGUUAUUUGGAUCUUUACUAAUUAUCUUUGAAAGACAGGGUCCUGAAAAGGGGACGUUUCUUUUUUUGCUGAGUUUAUUGUAUAUAAUGUUUUUCUUUUUUCCUCAGUAGAGCUUUGAGUUACUCUAAUGAAAAGCAGUUUUACAAAUUAAAUGUAUUAUUAUUAUGUAAAGUUGAAAACGCAUGCAUGCAAAACUUUUUCCCAUUCAGACAGAAUGUUCAUCAGCUGACUGGCAGCUAGUAUAUUUGCGCCGCCUUCAAUGAGAGGUGAAAUAUGUGUUUAAUGACGUUACAGUAGUGUGGGAAAGCUGGCCAGUGGUGGUCAGUCAUCUAAUCUGUAAUAUCUCUAUCUCUAAUCACGAGUUUUCAUGUGUCCCCCUUUAUUUAUGUAAUCUUGCAUUCACCAUUCAUUCAUGAAUUGCCAGAAGCCUAACAUUAGACACAGUGACAGUCUGGGACGUAGCCUGGAUUCAGAGGCAUGCUUUGUGUUUUAAACAAUAUGAGUCGUUUUUGAAUGAAUGAGAAUAAUAUGUUUUUUUUUCCUAAGAUGCAGCUGGAAGGUAGUUAUAACAUGAACAUUAGAACCCCAAACAAGGGAAGAAUAGUUGUCUUUCAGCUUGACGUCCCUCUCAUUCGUCUCCUAACUAUCCCUCUGUCCCACAGCUACCAUGGCGGAGGAGCGGAGGCCGAAGCAGUGCACUGUGGUUCUGCCCACUGAGUCCAUGAAGGCCAUGGCAGAGUCCAUAGGAGUGGGGCAGCUACAGGAGGAGAGCUGUGCCGCCCUGAGCGAGGAGGUCAGCUACAGAAUAAAGGAGAUCGCCCAGGUAAGAGUAGGAGCAGGGCCGAGUUCAGUAGGGCACACCGUAGCAAAAUGAUUUGCAACGGGAAAAUUAGAAUCUGUUCUUAUUGGAUGACUCACUCUGACAUGUCGCACCUCAGAUCAUAUCAAUACCAAUGAACACACAGGGUAAUUAUGUUGUUAUGAAAUGUGAUUCUUUGGUCAUGUUUUUUGUUUUCCCCCUCCAUUUGUCUUUUAGGACGCGUUGAAGUUCAUGCACCACGGAAAGAGACGUAAACUGACGACCAGCGACAUAGAUCAUGCUCUUAAACUGAAGAAUGUAGAGGUGAGGGGGACUAUACUACACCAUCAUGGAGAAAUUGUUAUUUCUUUUGAGAACUUUUCACAGGACCUCAAUGAAAUAUAUAGGCUAUAUUGAAAUGAACAUUUUAGAUGUUAUUUGCAUAAACAGACUUGGUUGAAAAUGUCAAUAGAGCAAAUACUAAGCUCUCUUCAGAUAAAUGAUUAAAGCCACUGUACAAAUUCGACUUAUUUUGGGUUGCUAGUGUUACAGAAUUUAUUGAUAUCAAUCAAUUGAUGGAAGUCACUACACACGACGUGCACAUUUCAAGUGUCUACACAUAUACAGUGGGGAGAACAAGUAUUUGAUACACUGCCGAUUUUGCAGGUUUUCCUACUUACAAAGCAUGUAGAGGUCUGUAAUUUUUAUCAUAGGUAAAAUUCAACUGUGAGAGACGGAAUCUAAAACAAAACUGCAGAAAAUCACAUUGUAUGAUUUUUCAGUAAUUAAUUUGCAUUUUAUUGCAUGACAUAAGUAUUUGAUACAUCAGAAAAGCAGAACUUAAUAUUUGAUACAGAAACCUUUGUUUGCAAUUACAGAGAUCAUACGUUUCCUGUAGGUCUUGACCAGGUUUGCACACACUGCAGCAGCGAUUUUGGCCCACUCCUCCAUACAGACCUUCUCCAGAUCCUUCAGGUUUCGGGGCUGUCGCUGGGCAAUACAGACUUUCAGCUCCCUCCAAAAUAUGUUCUAUUGGGUUCAGGUCUGGAGACUGGCUAGGCCACUCCAGGACCUUGAGAUGCUUCUUACGGAGCCACUCCUUAGUUGCCCUGGCUGUGUGUUUCGGGUCGUUGUCAUGCUGGAAGACCCAGCCACGACCCAUCUUCAAUGCUCUUACUGAGGGAAGGAGGUUGUUGGCCAAGAUCUCGCGAUACAUGGCCCCAUCCAUCCUCCCCUCAAUAUGGUGCAGUCGUCCUGUCCCCUUUGCAGAAAAGCAUCCCCAAAGAAUGAUGUUUCCACCUCCAUGCUUCACGGUUGGGAUGGUGUUCUUGGGGUUGUACUCAUCCUUCUUCUUCCUCCAAACACGGCGAGUGGAGUUUAGACCAAAAAGCUCUAUUUUUGUCUCAUCAGACCACAUGACCUUCUCCCAUUCCUCCUCUGGAUCAUCCAGAUGGUCAUUGGCAAACUUCAGACGGGCCUGGACAUGUGCUGGCUUGAGCAAGGGGACCUUGCGUGCGCUGCAGGAUUUUAAUCCAUGACGGCGUAGUGUGUUACUAAUGGUUUUCUUUGAGACUGUGGUCCCAGCUCUCUUCAGGUCAUUGACCAGGUCCUGCCGUGUAGUUCUGGGCUGAUCCCUCACCUUCCUCAUGAUCAUUGAUGCCCCACGAGGUGAGAUCUUGCAUGGAGCCCCAGACCGAGGGUGAUUGACCGUCAUCUUGAACUUCUUCCAUUUUCUAAUAAUUGCGCCAACAGUUGUUGCCUUCUCACCAAGCUUUUUGCCUAUUGUCCUGUAGCCCAUCCCAGCCUUGUGCAGGUCUACAAUUUUAUCCCUGAUGUCCUUACACAGCUCUCUGGUCUUGGCCAUUGUGGAGAGGUUGGAGUCUGUUUGAUUGAGUGUGUGGACAGGUGUCUUUUAUACAGGUAACGAGUUCAAACAGGUGCCGUUAAUACAGGUAAUGAGUGGAGAACAGGAGGGCUUCUUAAAGAAAAACUAACAGGUCUGUGAAAGCCGGAAUUCUUACUGGUUGGUAGGUGAUCAAAUACGUAUGUCAUGCAAUAAAAUGCAAAUGAUUUACUUAAAAAUCAUACAAUGUGAUUUUCUGGAUUUUUGUUUUAGAUUCCGUCUCUCACAGUUGAAUUUUACCUAUGAUAAAAAUUACAGACCUCUCUCUACAUGCUUUGUAAGUAGGAAAACCUGCAAAAUCGGCAGUGUAUCAAAUACUUGUUCUCCCCACUGUAUAUAUGCGCCAUUUCAGUUUCAGUUUGUAUCUAUGCAACCAUCACAGUAUUAGUCAUCCCAGUGCUUGGUUUCAGAAGCCUCCUCUCUCUCCUCCACAGCCUCUGUAUGGGUUCCAGUCGCAGGAGUUCAUCCCGUUUCGCUUCGCCAGCGGAGGAGGGAGAGAGCUUCACUUCUACGAGGAGAAAGAGGUGGACCUCAGUGACAUCAUCAACACACCCCUCCCUAGAGUCCCACUUGACGUUUCGCUCAAAGGUAUACUUCUAUUUUGUUUUGUAAAAAUGUUUUAUUGUAUUGAUUUGACAAAAACACAUACCUCCACACAGAAUGAUACUGACGCGUUCAACAAUUUCAGAGGUAUAGGCCUACUUCUAUUGAUGUUCUAUUGAUUGUAUUUUAGUAGAUCCACUUCCAUUGUUGUAGAUUAUGUCCUGUGUUAUCCAUAUGUCAUAUGAUGGUAUUAUCUGUAAACAAGUGUUUGAGUUUGUUGAUUAUACAAGCUCUUGUUGAAUAUCCUCUUGUUUAUUGUUCCUCAGCUCACUGGUUAAGUAUUGAAGGUGUCCAGCCUGCUAUACCAGAGAACCCACCCCCAGGUGAGAUGUCUGUUUGUCUAUGUCCAUCCUUCUCUAGCAUCUACUUCAGAAAAGCAGCAUUCUUUUCUAAACAACCACAUUUCCAUCAUGUGUAUAUUUACACUGUGUAUCUUGCCAUCUCCCUUCUUUCCCAUUCUCUUUCCCUCAGCCCCCAAAGAGCAGCAGAAGGCUGAGUCUACAGAGCCCCUCAAGGUGGUCAAGCCUGGUCAGGAGGAGGAGGGGGGCUCCAUCCAGAAGGGCCAGGGAGCUACAUCUGCAGAGGCUAAAGGUCAGGAGCUUCUUAUGUGUCUGUACGCAAUCUUAAAAUUGUAUGUGAACAAGGAUACCCUUUUCACACAUAUCGUGUCAACACGAACCAUACUGUGCUGGCUCUGAUAUUUUCUUUUCACAUUGUCCUUUCCAGCAUGGUUCAAGCCACUAUGGUGAUGUGUAACUAAGCCAGUGAAGUGCAGCUCGGCUCAGCACGGUAGUGUGAAAAGGAUACUAGGAAAGCGAUUCCUAUUUAAUCAAUGUUUGUGGUCCCUGUGUCCCUCUGGUUUGGUCCCUCCCAGGUAAGAAGGAGGGUCUGAUGAGGAUGAAGCCCCGCAGUACUCACGAGCUCUCAGUGGAACAGCAGCUCUACUACAAGGAGAUCACAGAGGCCUGCGUCGGGUCCUGUGAGGCCAAGAGAGCUGUGAGUCAACCGUGUGUGUGUGUGUGUGUGUGUGUGCGCGCACACGCGCGUGCGAGAGAGUUGUGUGUCUGAGUCAACCAGGUUUUUGGCUAAAAUGUCAUGGUACUGGGUAAAGUUCAUGAUGCUGUUGACCUUAACAAGGGCCCCAGGACCAGUGGAUGCAAAAUAGCCCCAUAACAUCAAAGAUGGGUUUCUUUUUUGCUGAUCACAUUUUUCUCGUCCAAUUGAGCUAUAUUUUCAUGUCAUCCAACAAAUGUAAAUGCCUCGAGUUUGCUAAACGGCAUUGGCACUUAGAUUGGAACCAGUGCUUUGGUCAGAUGACAUGUAUAUAGAGCUCUGUGGCCAAGCACACCAGUGAGUUUGGCGUCGAAAGAAGAAUGUGAUCAGCAAAAAAGAACCCCAUACCUACUGUACAAUAUGGUGGUUGAUCUUUCAUGUUAUAGGGCUAUUUUGCUUACACUGGUCCUGGGGCCUUUGUUAAGGUCAACUGCAUCAUGAACUUUACCCAGUACCAGGAUAUUUUCGCCAAAAACCUGGUUGCCUCUGCCAUGAGGCUGAAACUUGGCCGCAAGUGGAUCUUCCAGCAAGACAAUAACCCCAAGCACACAUCAAUUUCCACAAAGAAAUUAUUAAUUGAACACAAAAUCAACAUUUUGCAAUGGCCAUCUGUCUCCAGACUUGAACCCCAUUGAAAACCUGUGGUUUGAAUUGAAGAGGGCAGUCCAUAAACGCAGACUAAGGAUAUCAAGGAUCUGGAAAGAUUCUGGAUUGAGGAAUGGUCUAAGAUCCCUCCCAAUGUGUUCUCUAAUCUCAUAAAACAUUUGAGAAAAAGGCUCAGUGCCGUUAUCCUCGCAAGGGAAGGGUGCCGGAGUAUUGAAAACAGGGGUGCCAAUAAUUUUGACACCUAUCUUUUUGAGAGAAAAUAAGUUUUACUUGUUAAACAAAAUAUAUUUCUCUGAGCAAUUGUAUUAAUAUAAAAGAAUAUAUAAUUUUCAUUUUAUUUUUUUGCAUACAAUAUAUUAUGAAUAUUCUGUAUGUAUGCAUUUAUGUAUGUAUGGUUUUCUUAUUGUUGCCACAUUAUAAUGACAUCUCUCUGACCCAGUAUGUCUCUCUUGUCUUCUUCAGGAGGCUCUACAGAGUAUUGCUACAGACCCUGGGCUCUACCAGAUGCUCCCCAGAUUCAGCACUUUUAUCUCUGAGGGGGUGAGCUGCUCUUCCUUCCUGUCAAUCUCUAUUCUGCCAGCCCUGCCAUCUACCCUCCAAGAUAGGGUUCUGCUGAUAGCACAUACUCUUUCUCAAUUGUCUAAACAAAUUUUCCCUUUCUUGACCUCAUCUUCUUCAUUGCGCUGAUCUGAAAGAACUGACCAGGUGAAAGCUAGCCUAAUGAUGAGCUUCUACUAUAUUGUUUUCACCUGUCAAAUAUUUUCCAAUCAGUGCAGGUGAAGGAAAGGAGAUGGGGAGAGGACAUAUUGUCAAGCUAUUUAGAUCGAGCCAAAGUGUUUCAAUGCAGCAGGGAUCAUGACCCUGUCACUUUUUUAGCUUGUUCUUCUCUCUUACGACUUCCUCUUCCUUCUCUCCUCCUGUAGGUCCGUGUGAACGUGGUGCAGAACAACCUGGCCCUGCUCAUCUACCUGAUGAGGAUGGUCAAGGCCCUCAUGGACAACCCCACGCUUUACCUAGAGAAAUAUGUAAGAACACAGCUAAAUAUCAUACACAGUAAACUGAAAACUAAAUCGAAACACAUGAACCAGAACUAUGACACAGAUCAAUAUUACAUACAGUAAACUGAAAACCGUAUUAUAAUCAAAUUAUAAUCAACUUUAUUGAUGGAGCAUUUCGAUACAGACGGACCUCGACUCAGUGGUGAUAAUAACACCUGCCCUUUUAUGUGUCUCUUGCUCCUCACCCUGGUUCCCUGGGUCGUGGUCUAGCUGCAUGAGUUGAUCCCAGCGGUGGUGACGUGUAUAGUGAGUAAGCAGCUGUGCUUGCGGCCUGACGUGGACAACCACUGGGCUCUGAGGGACUUCGCUGCCCGUCUCAUGGCCCAGAGCUGUAAGACCUUCAGCACUACCACCAACAACAUCCAGUCACGCAUCACCAAGACCUUCACCAAGGUAUGUGGAGAGUCAUCCGAUUGAUCAACUUUUACUUGGAAGGAAGUGUGUGUGUGUGUUUUUAUAAAAAAUAACAUAGAAUACUGGGAUUGAGACAAUAGACAAUAAGUGUUAUAAUGAGCCAUGAACAUCUCCUUCCCUUCAUCUCUUUCUCUCAGAGCUGGUUGGAUGAGAAGACCCAGUGGACGACACGGUAUGGCUGCAUCGCUGGACUGUCUGAACUAGGACCUGACGUGAGGACUGCCUUUCUGUCUCUCGCACAUUUGAAGAAAUGUUCUCACCCUGGUCUGGAGCUGUGGUAUAAUAGUGUUUGUUCUCUGCCUCUCACCCCCUCCAGGUGAUCAAGACGUUGAUCCUGCCCAGGCUCAAUGUAGAAGGAGCUCGUAUCAAAGCUGUGUCUGAUGGACCCGUGGUCUCCAAUAUCGAUAAGAUAGGAGCAGACCACGUCCAAAGCCUUUUACUGGUGAGGAGCCAAACACAAACUGUUAUUGUUCUACUAUUAUUGUUAACUCAAUUUGUAAUAUUCCAUUUAAGAUGCAUCUUUAAGAUAGAACAUGUUUGUUUUAUACUCAUAUACCUGAUUGUUAAAUCAAAUACGACCACAGACAACAUAUUAUAGAGACCACUACAUACAUUUAAGGCCGGUUUCCCAGACACAGAUUAAGCCUAGUUCUGGACUAAAAAUUCUCCACUGAACAUGCUUUUUAGUCCAAGACUGGCUUCACAUACCCACCUGGGAGAGAGACAUAGAUCCUUGACUAAUAUCCUCUUCUCUCUCAGAAACACUGUGCCAGCGUUAUCGCCAAGACUCGUCCCCUGCCUGACAACAUGGAGCAGUACCGGGCAGACUACGGUUACCUGGGGCCCAUGCUCUGUUCCCACGUGGUUAAGGCCCGGGCCCAGGCAGCACUACAGGCCCAGCAGGUCAACAGAACUACACUCACCAUCACACAGGUAGGGCACCUGGAUGUGUAAAACUAUGUACAGUUGAAGUCGGAUGUACAGUUUACAGACACCUUACAACUAGUUGACAUACACCUUAGCCAAAUACAUUUAAACUCAGUUUUUCACAAUUCCUGACAUUUAAUGCCCUGUCUUAGGUCAGUUAGGAUCACCACUUUAUUUUAAGAAUGUGAAAUGUCAGAAUAAUAGUAGAGAGUGAUUUAUUUCAGCUUUUAUUUAUUUCAUCACAUUCCCAGUGGGUCAGAAGUUUACAUACUAAUUGAGUGUAUUUGGUGGCAUUGCCUUUAAAUUGUUUAACUUGGGUCAAACGUUUUGGUUAGCCUUCCACAAGCUUCCCACAAUAAGUUUGGUGAAUUUUGGCCCAUUUCUCCUGACAGAGCUGGUGAAACUGAGUCAGGUUUGUAGGCCUCCUUGCUCACACACGCUUUUUCAGUUCUUCCCACAAAUUUUCUAUAGGAUUGAGGUCAGGUCUUUGUGAUGGCCACUCCAAUACCUUGACUUUGUUGUCCUUAAGCCAUUUUUCCACAACUUUGGAAGUAUGCUUGGGGGUCAUUGUCCAUUUGGAAGACCAUUUGCGACUAAGCUUUAACGUCCUGACUGAUGUCUUGAGAUGUUGCUUCAAUAUAUCCACAUAAUUUUCCUUCCUCAUGAUGCCAUCUAUUUUGUGAAGUGCACCAGUCCCUCCUUGCAGCAAAGCACCACCACAGCAUGAUGCUUCCACCCUCAUGCUUCACGGUUGGGAUGGUGUUCUUCGGCUUGCAAGCCUUCCCCUUUUUCCUCCAAACAUAACGAUAAAUUAAAUAAAUAAAUAAAUUGGUCAUUUAGCAGACGCUCUUAUCCAGAGCGACUUACAGGAGCAAUUAGGGUUAAGUGCCUUGCUCAAGGGCACAUCGACAGGUUUUUCACCUAGUCGGCUCAGGGAUUAGAACCAGCGACCUUUCGGUUACUGGCACAACGCUCUUAACCACUAAGCUACCUGCCGCCCAACGAUGGUCAUUAUGGCCAAACAGUUCUAUUUUUGUUUCAUCAGACCAGAGGACAUUUCUCCAAAAAGUACGAUCUUUGUCCCCAUGUGCAGUUGCAAACUGUAGUCUGGCUUUUUUAUGUCGGUUUUGGAGCAGUGGCUUCUUCCUUGCUGAGCGGCCAUUCAGGUUAUGUCGAUAUAGGACUUGUUUUACUGUGGAUGUAGAUAAUUUUGUACCUGUUAACUCCAGCAUCUUCACAAGGUCCUUUGCUGUUGUUCUGGGAUUGAUUUGCACUUUUCGCACCAAAGUACGUUCAUCUCUAGGAGACAGAACGCGUCUCCUUCCUGAGCGGUAUGACAGCUGGUCCCAUGGUGUUUAUACUUGCGUACUAUUGUUUGUACAGAUGAACGUGGUACGUUCAGGUGUUUGGAAAUUGCUCCCAAGGAUGAACCAGACUUGUGGAGGUCAAAAAAUAAUAAUCUGAGGUCUUGGCUGAUUUCUUUUGAUUUUCCCAUGAUGUCAAGCAAAGAGGCACUGAGUUUGAAGGUAGGCCUUGAAAUACAUCCACAGGUACACCUCCAAUUGACUCAAAUGAUGUCAAUUAGCCUAUCAGAAGCUUCUAAAGCCAUGACAUCAUUUUCUGGAAUUUUCCAAGCUGUUUAAAGGCACAGUCAACUUAGUGUAAGUAAACUUCUGACCCACUGGAAUUGUGAUACAGUGAAUUAUAAGUGAAAUAAUCUGUCUGUAAACAAUUGUUGGAAAAAGUAGAUGUCCUAACCGACUUGCCAAAACUAUAGUUUGUUAACAAGAAAUGUGUGGAGUGGUUGAAAAACUAGUUUUAAUGACUCCAACCUAAGUGUAUGUAAACCUCCGACUUCAACUGUAUAUAAUAAUAAUAAUAAUAAUAAUAAUAUGCCAUUUAGCAGACGCUUUUAUCCAAAGCGACUUACAGUCGUGCGUGCAUACAUUUUUGUGUAUGGGUGGUCCCGGGGAUCGAACCCACUACCUUGGCGUUACAAGCGCCGUGCUCUACCAGCUGAGCUACAGAGGACCACAUAUAUGAACUGCCUAAGGUUGGAGUCAAUUCCAUUUAAAUUCAGUUCAGGAAGUAAACUUACAUCCAUUUCAAAUUUUCCUCAUUGAAAAACGAUUUACAUUUCUGGUUGCUUCCAGAAUUGAAAUGGGAUUGACCUCAACGCUGAUAUGAACUGACAAUAUUAUAAAGUUUAAUGAUCCAACAUAACGUUACAAAACCCCAUCUGAAGUCAUACUGAAUCUGUCUGUCUGUGUUGCAGCCUCGGCCCACCCUAACGGUGUCUCAGAGCGGGAUAGGAGGGUCGGGGGGGUCCCGUACCCCCAGCAUCAUCAAGGUUCCCAGCUCCCUCACCCUCAUGUCCACCCGACCGGGCACCCCAACACAGCCAUCGCCCCCGGCAACCAAGUACAUCGUCAUGGCAACCAGUGCAGGGGCAUCCUCCACCCAGCAGGUACUGUGAACGGUAGUUUUGCUGUUUUUUAUCUUGAUAUACAAUUUUAUGAAAUAGUAACAAAGACAAAUGUAUUUAAAAUCAUAUAUAGUAUUCACUCUGUCGUCCUAGAUUCAUGUGUGGUCGUAAAUAAACAUUUGAUAUCCUAUACAUUCCCUUUUUUAUAGACCUUCAAGUUUCUCUGAUAAAAACCUCCAUCAAAAGUAAUUAUCUAGAUGCCCUAGUUGAGUGUUGUAAUGUAAUGUAAUAUUCCCCUGUCCUCCAGGUGAUCACCCUGAGUUCCUCCUCGGCCUCCUCAGUGACCAGCACGGUCGCCAGCGCUACCUCCACCCUGCAGCCUCUGGUCAAGCUGGAGUCCAGAGGGGCCGGCGGCCUAGGGGUGUCACGACCCCUCCAGAAGUACAUUGUGGUGUCCCUCCCAUCGUCUGCCUCUUCCUCCCUGGAGAGUAAGAGUGGCAUGCUCCCUCCCUCCUCUUCCUCUCCCAUCUCGCUGGAGGCCGGGAUGAAGAUGGAUCGCUCAGACUCUCCCGGGGCCAGCACACAGUCUCCGCACUGAGAUACUGUGUGCGUCCCAAAUGGCACCAUACUCCCUAUAUAGUGCACUACUUUGGACCAGGGCUCAUUAGGCUCUGUUCAAAAGUAGUCCAGGAUUUAUAGGGCUCUUGUCAAAAGGGGUGCACUAUAUGCUGAAUAGGGUGCUAUUUGCGACGCAAACACUGGCUUGUAAUUGGCGGAGGGUGGUGAGACAGCCCUCUGAUUGGCUGUUUAUGGUGAUAAUGAGAGAUACCUCUACCUCUCUGAUAGGACGGAGAUUAGGUGCCUGAAGAGGGAGGGAGGGAUGACUUGGGUGGAGGGGUGGAAACUAGCUACUUCUGAGUCUGGAGUAGCAGAAGAAUUGUUUCAGAAAACGGGGAUAUUAUGUGAAAAUGAUGGAUAGAGACUAGAUGGGAUGGAGGGAGGAGUGGAUGGAUGGAUGGGUGCAUGCAGUAAAGUGCACAAAUCGCAUCUCUUUCUUGCUCUCUCUCUCUCUUUUGUUAUUGUACAUACAUACACACUCGUCUAAAAGCUGUGUGGGCAUUUAUAAUGGUUCAACCAACGUUCUAACUGAUUUUAUGUUCCUUUUUUACACUAUAAUAAACCUGAUUUUGUAAUGAUUUUAUGGGACUGCUUUGUUUUUUCAUUAGUGGAGGUAGCCUUGGUGCCAGUCAGUUUCUGCUCUCUUGACAGUUCCUUAUGGAAUUGUCUUCCAGACAUGACAUGUUUUUGCUUUACAAUGACAGCAAUGGAGUUGGCAAGAGAGCAAACAGAUCUGGGACCAGCCUAGAGUGGAGGAGGAUGAUAGACAAUAUGCUUAACAGCUGACAAUAGCAAUAAAAGAUAGUAGCCUAAAGACCCACAUUCCUUACAUAAACAUCCUUACAUUCUUAGGAAGCAAUGCAGGUUGUUGUUGCUGACACUAACAUUGAAGAGGUGGGAAAGGAAUUGUGACAAACGUGCCAUAUACAGUGCCCUCUAAAUAUUGGGACGUUGAAGCGUGUUUUCUUCUUUUAACUCUAAACUCCAAAAGUUUGGAUUUAAACUCAAAACAAUGACUAGGAGGUUAAAGUGCCGACUGUCAGCUUUAAUUUGAGGGUAUUUUCAUUCAUAUCAAGUGAACCGUUUAGAAAUUACAGCACUUUUGUACAUAGUCCCCCCAUUUUAGGGGAGCAAAAGUAUUGGGACAAAUUCACUUAUCUGUAUUAAAGGAGUAAAAUAUAAUUGGUCACAUAUUCAUGAAGCUUGUGGCUCUACACAUUUGUUGGAUGCAUUUGCUCUAUGUUUUGGUUGCGUUUCAGAUUAUUUUGUGCCCAACAGAAAUUAAUGGUAAAUAAUGUAUUGUCAUUUUGGAGACACUUUUAUUGUAAAUUAGAAUAUUUACAUUUUACAUAUUUAGCAGACGCUCUUAUCCAGAGCAACUUAAAGUUAGUGAGUGCAUACAUUUUCAUACUGGCCCCCGUGGGAAACGAACCCACAACCCUGGCGUUGCAAGCGCCAUGCUCUACCAACUGAGCUACAGUUACAUUAAUGUGGAUGCUACCAUGAUUACAGAUAAUCCUGAAUAAUGAUGAGUGAGAAAGUUACAGACGCACAAAUAUCAUACUCCCUAGACAUGCUAACCUCUCACCAUUAAAAUAACGGGGUAGGUUAGCAUUUUCUUGGGGGGUAUGAUAUUUGUUAACCGCUAGGCUACCUGCCGCUAGGAUGCUACUCAUCCUGUAAACAAAGAAAGAGCUGUGCCUGCCUUAGCUCUGGUCCUGGGCCCAGUUUCCCAACAGCGAUGGAAUUUAGGCUUACAAGUGUUUUAAACGGUGCAUCUUUCCUACAAUGGUCGAAAAUGUAGCAUGCGUUUCCCAAAACGCCAAGCAGAGAGAAUGGUCGCUAAGUGCGUCGUUGGAGCAAUGCUUAUAGGAUCGAAAGAAAGGCAGUGCUGCUCUCGCAUCAGCUUUCUCCAUUCAAAUCUUUCCUUAACAUUAGAAUUAAUGUCACAAUACUAACGACGGAGAUAUUACCACCUACGGCUGCAAAUAUUGAGGCGGUUUAUUCUUAUGCUUACCCAAUAAAAAUUCACGAAAUCACCCAUAUGGCACAUCAUUGCGCAUGUUAGGUUACACAUAAUUAAAUACAGUUUAUUGAGACAAAUUACAGACAGUAGCCUACAUGUAGCAAAAUGAACAUGAAAUGUAAGCAUAUAGUGUCGUAGUAAAUAUAUAAUGUUAUAGCUUGGUCUGACUAAAAUCUUGUGCAUGACCCAUUUUGUGUUGGGCCUUUGUAUUCAAUACAAUGGACAAAAGAGUCCUAUCUUGUCAGCCUUGUCAGCAGGUGGCUAAGGACAACACCCACGCCAUAGGUCUCUCAGUUCUUCCAACUCACGAGUUCUUGCUCUGAGGACACACACACACACACCCACACACACACACACACACACACACACACACACACACAUCAUCACUGAUAAACACACACACACACACACACACACACACACACAUCAUCACUGAUAACACACACACACACACACACAUCAUCACUGUUAAACACACACACACACACACACACACAUCAUCACUGAUAACACACACACACACACACACACACACACACAUCAUCACUGUUAAACACACACACACACACACACACAAAAAUCCCCUUCUCUUAGGCUGAACAUCUGAAGACAGAGAACCCGACUCAGAGCCAAUGCAACAGUGAUACUAACCUGGAGGGGACCUUGCCCAACUCAUCAGGACCAAUCAGAAGAUCAGAACUACUAGAUUCAACCUACUUCAUUUUAUUGUAUAAAAUGUCAGCACACAAUGUUUCGGGGCUCUCUCAGAUAUCUCCCUACGAGAUUGACGAACGGGUCCGUGCACGCGAUUCCAGAUAUCUUUACCUCUGAAUAAACUGCCUUUAUUAUACCAUAUCCACCCUGUCCAAAGUCUCUACUUGGUCUCAGUUCUCCAGUAAACUUGUUUUAUCAAUAAAAUUGGUAGCAGAGGAUGGUUUUCUAACUCUGAAUUCGGUCCAUAAAAGUUGAUAGAGAAAGGAGACAAGUAAGAGACGGAUCAGAAAGGACGGGUGACCUGUUCGCAGGAGCAGCCGGGAAUCCAGCUCGCCUCAGGAAACUGAUCUAGACGGCCGUCAAUACAAAGGUAAGCAGAACCUGUUAAAACAAAAUCUGCAUAUUGUAUUGUAGGAUAAACCAAAUUAAGAUCAGUAUUACUGAGCGUGAGUAUGGAUUACUGUUAAAUUUAUAACAUAUCUAUUAUGACUCAAAAGGCACAUAUGUAAAGAUAUCUGAAAUCUUAGGCUUUUUACUGUUGAAAUGUGACUCUCUAGAGAGGAGUCUAGUUACAGUGGUUCACAAGAGAAGGACCGACUUUUAUUUUUACUGUUGAAAUGUGACUCUCUAGGUGAGGAGUCUAGUUACAGAGGUUGUGGUUCACAAGAGAAGGACCCUUUUAUUUUUACUGUUGAUAUCUGAAAUCUUAGGUUUUUACUGUUGAAAUGUGACUCUAAGAGAAGAAGUCUAGUUACAAGAGAAGGACCGACUUUUAUUUUCUGUUGAAUUGUGGCUCUCUAGUGAGGAGCCUAUUACAGAAGUUUUGGUUCACAAGAGAUGGACCCUUUUAUUUGAUCCACAAGAGAAGGAUCUGGUGACUUGAUAAAAAGAUUCAGAUAGUCGGGUUGAGUUAAUUCCGUGAGAAUCCAAGUCCAGAAAAGGUUCUCCCGACUAGACGCCAGUUGAAUGGUUAAAACGACUGGGAGUCUUGGUUGUGGAGAAUCAUUAAAAUAAAAUAAAAAUACAAGUUCAGAUAGUCGGGCAAUGGUUGACGUGGCACUCAACUAGAUGUACUGUGAAGAACUCAAACUGAAUUCAUGUGUUGAUGUUGAUAUGUAAUGUAAAAUUUAAAUGUUGAAAUGUUAACCUGAAUGUUGUGUAAGAUUGGCCGUUUCAUGAGACUAACUAGUUGAUAACUUUUAAGAGGACCACCGAGUCUUAUUUGGCCUAUUCUGCAGCCGCUGCGCUGAAAGUUGACUUGUACUUUUUCCCUCUUGUGGUGUUGGUAUUUCCUUAGUUCCUAAAAAUAAAUUGAUAAUUAUUUUGGAAGCGCUCGAGUUUGUUAAUAUAUUGUUCCAAAAGGGCGAUUUUGAUACCUUUUGGGAAAAUAUAUAAUAACUCGAAUACCUGAAAAACAAUAAUAACUUUUGCAAAAUAAUUCCUAGGAUUAAAUUGAUAAUUAUUUUAGGAGCGCUCGAGUUUGUUAAUAUAUUGUUCCAAAAGGGCGAUUCUGAUACCUUUUGGGAAAAUAUAUAAUAACUCGAAUAACUGAAAAACAAUAAUACCUUUUGCAAAAUAAUUCCUAAUAAUAAAUUAUUGAAAAUUCUUUGUGUACGAGGGUGGGGCACCUGAGAUAAGUCGGUGUUGGCACCAAGAAUACAUUGCUGGCCUCGGCCAGUGACGGGCUAAGUACACUAAGAUAGUCGGACCUUACCCGAAAUUCUAUAUACAUAUAUAUAUAUAUACUGAAAUAGCCAUGGCCGUCACUACUAUCCCUGAUAGGUUGUUUCCACAUUUAAAAGGUCCUAUUUUAGAUAGGUUGUGUGGUAGGUGUGUUUUGACGUAUGAGUGGAUAAGAUUUGACCCAUCAUUAGGUGGGGGAGAAUCACCGAAAUUGACCAGAGGUACUAAAUUCUCGGAGAUGCCAGCUAUCUCUGUAAUUUCACAUUUAAAACGUUCCAUUUAAAUGGUUGUGUGAAAGGUGCAGUUAACCUGAGACAAAAAUCUCUAAGGGAUCCAGUUGCUUCUGUGACUUCACAUAAUGAAGUGCCUAAAUAAGGCUGUGUGAAGGGUGGCAGUCGAACUGAGAAUGUGUUCUAGGACGCUUUGAUAGCCUGAAUACAUUAAGCAUUGUAAUUCCAAUUGGCUUUUUGGGUUGUGUGUUUUUAUGUAUUAUAACGCGUUAAUGGGUGAUGGGAAGUUAUAGUGAAACUUAUGAAACUGAAUACCAAUCUGUAGAAUUGAGGGAAUUGACGGAAUUUUCUGCAGCACUCUCUUCUCAGGUGCAGAAGGCCCAAGAGGGGGAGCUGUCGGGAAACACGCCACCACUGAAGGUAAAAGUGGGAGACUGGGUGAGGGUGAAAGUCCACAAAAGAAAGUGGCUGGAACCCAGGUGGACUGGACCGUACGAAGUGAAGGAGGUUACUUCACACUCAGUCCAGGUCAGAGG